AAUCAGUCGGAGGUCAUCCAUCAAAAUUUUAAAAAUGACUGCAAACUGUCCUCUCAUUUUACGGUUGAUUUCGUCAUCUGUAGCGGUUUCUCACCGUGCUGGACAAAUCGUUAGAGAUGUAAUGAAGAAAGGGGAUCUGGGAAUAGUUGAAAAGGGCAAGAAUGAUUUCCAAACAGAGGCAGAUAGAUCUGCGCAGAUGUGCAUCAUGGCAUCACUACACAAACAGUUUCCCAAAGUUGCUAUAUUUGGAGAAGAGGAUUUGGACCCUAGCACUACAGGAUCUGUCCCUAAGGAGUGGAUUGAGACUAGCUCCACAGAGGAGGUGCUCCAGGCAAAGUGUCCAGAAAAUCUGAAAGCUGUAAAAGAUGAAGACAUAUGCAUUUGGGUGGAUCCACUAGAUGGAACAGCAGAAUAUACGCAAGGUUUACUAGACCAUGUUACAGUGUUAAUAGGUGUCGCUGUAAAAGGGACAGCAGUCGGUGGCGUCAUCUAUCAGCCAUACUAUAACUACAAGGCAGGACCAGAUGCCAAACUAGGGAGAGCAAUUUGGGGGAUUGUAGGAAUAGGAUCAUUUGGCUAUGAUGCAGCUAAAGCCCCAGAGGGACAAAACAUUAUUACCACCACUCGUUCACAUUCUAACCGUGCAGUUGUGAAUGCCGUUGAAGCGUGCGAGCCAUCUGAAGUGCUUAGAGUGGGUGGCGCGGGACAUAAGGUUUUACUUGUCUUAGAGGGCAAGGCCCAUGGUUACGUGUUCGCUAGUCCAGGAUGUAAGAAAUGGGACACCUGUGCCCCAGAGGCCGUUCUCCACGCAGUGGGCGGUAAACUCUCUGAUAUCCAUGGCAAUACCUUACAAUACCACCCACAAGUUGAACGUAGAAACAACGCAGGUGUACUAGCAACGCCAUCUGUUGAAGCCCACACGCACUAUCUUUCCAAAAUCCCCGAAGAUGUGAAAGAGGUCCUUAUGCCUUGACUAGGGAGUAAAAUUGUGCCAAAACUUUAGGACAUUACAGCUUAAAUUAAGUCUGUAAAAGUGUAAUUAUUAUUUUUUAAUUGAAAUUAUGAUAUAAUUCAUAUUGUUUGACCUUCAGUUGAAAUACUCUAUUUUAUGAAUAUCUAAAAUUAGAUUAAUUUUUUCUCAAAACUACAUUCAAGUCCUCAAAAUAUUGAAAAUCAGAAAUCUUACGCACAUUUAUAUUUAUCGUAUCCUCGACCCCACUGUAAAACAAAUAUUGGAUGAAUUUCUCUUUCUGAGAUGGCUUAUUUUCGCAAUGUGUCUUCGGAAUGGUGCUAGAGUGACAACAAAUAGGGGUUUGUUUAGUGAAAACACUAUAUGUAUGUAAACACUAAUUUUAGAUUUUGGUUUGAAAAUAGUUAUUAACAGUCGUCUAUUCCUGUUUUAUUUUAGUUUUGACUUUUUCAUAUCAACUAAAAUUCAAAAUCUAAAAGUUUUAAGUAGGUAUUCAUUUGAUCAAAUAUCAAAAAGCGUCUGGUAAGAUUAUGUGACUAGGUCAAGCCCUCUGAAGCUAGCAGUGGUUUAUCAAGAGUAAACAACUCAGAAACUGGUUGACUUAUAUGUUAUAAUGUGAAAUAUCAGGAUCCAUAAAAAGGGUUUAAAUUAUUAAGCCCAGUCAAUUGUUCUUAAACAUGUUCUUUGGGUUGGUUGUAAAUCACAAAAAUAGUUUUUCUUUUCACAACCUUUAUUAUUUGAAAUCACAAAACAUUCUGUGAUUUUGAUUAAUAAAGGUUGUAAAUAGAAGAAAACUGUUUUUGUCAAUUAAUUGUUAUACUUUAAUGCUAUUAAUAUUUUUUAGAUUUUUUUUUAUUUUUGUAGUACUUUAUACAACAGUACACUGUAGUAUAUUGAGUAGCAUUUAUUGUCUCGUUAAGUUAAAUUGUAACUUAUUUGUUAUUUUUGUUAGAUUUAUUAAUAUUUUUAUGAAUGUUCCUUUUAACAGUAUUCCUAACUUCCUAAUGUGAUGAAAUCCCCAAGUUGAGCCACUUUAUGGAUAUCAUCCUCCCACUUAUCAGUUAUUACACCAUAAGCUGCUUGCGUUACCAUUGUAAUCAUGGCAGAAUACAAUUUUAAUUAGGACGCGGAAACUACCAUUGAAUCCUUUAUUUAUUAUUUAUACCAAAUACCCAAUAUUACACAAAUGUUUUAAUGUUUGCUAAAAUAUGCUCACAUUGUGUUACUGUUACCAUGUGAGUUUUUCAAAUUGGUUCAAAUCUGUUCAAGUAAGCUGGCUUUCUGCUGAUAUUUUUACCUGAAUUUAACAAAAUUCAAAUUUUGAGUUGAGCAUCACUAUUAUCUUGAAAUUUCAUUAUAUAACCUAUAACUAAUAAUGUAAUGCAUUGGCACAUUUGGUAGUAAAGACUUGGUUUUGACUCACACACAUAAGAGCGAUUAUUUAAUUGAAAUCAAUAAACUUCACUUUCGGAUCUGGAGCUUUAUUUGGAGAAUAAUUUAUUCCUUGAACAACAUGAUGUUCAUGAUUUUCAAUGAUAUGAAGUU